AUGCAUCCCUACGUGCGCCCGCCGCACAGGACAGCCUCGCCCGCCAACAGCCUCCAGACCAACCCCACGCGAACCAACAACCAGCGGCACAAUACCCACGAUAUGCCCCCCUACUCGACAACCCCGCCCUACAUCGACCGCGCCGCCGACGAGUCCGAGGGCGAGAUGAUGUCGCGAGGCGAGCAGCCCGCCCACUCGGACCAGAAGCACUACCACAAGGUCAACCAGGUCAUCCAGAACUUCUUCACAAAGGCCGCCCUCGCCGUCAUAUCCUCCCGCGUCGUGCUGCCCCCGGGAUACAACAAGGACGGCAAGCUGAAGCAGAACAAAUGGUUCAACGUCGUCCUGCCCGACAGCGACGUGCUCCAACGACAGCUUGGCGACUGGAAAGUCAUGGACGCCAUGGCCGGCCAGCAUCCAUCCCUCUGCAUCGACAUCUACCUCGACAUACAAGCCCUCAGCAAUACUCAGUCGCUUGCCAUUCAGGACGAAGAUGGGAAGAAGUGGGAUGUCGCUGCCGCCCUCAACUCGGCCGAUGCUGCUUCGGGACUGCCGAGUCGUGCUGCGAAGCCCACCCAGGUAGUGCUGGAGCGCUGGAGAGUGCAUGUAGGAGACAAGAGCUCGGUCCAGCCCUCAGAACUCAACGAUCCGCUUCCCAAUGUCUAUAAAAAGGCCGUUGUCACAUUCCGCUCGCUCUUUGCAUCCCUCCGCUUCAUGCCAGCAUUUAGGUACAACAAGCUCCUUGCCAAGCAGCCUGCUACUGCUCCCUCACUGAAGCUCAACUAUCGCAUUUCCAAUGGAGACUUCAAGAGCCCUCAUGUCGACACCCUGCGUCUGCCGCUCUACCCUGGCCAAAACCCGGAUGAGAUUACAGAGGUACAGAACAUCGACCCCACCAACUCGCCCGUCGGUCCCUUGUGCGUGACGGUGGAAUAUCGCGCCAACUGCGAAUUUACCGUGGAAAACUCCGAGUCGCUGCUGAGCUCUCAGUUUAUGGGCUUGGACGAUACCUACUUUGAGCAAAAGGGCCGCCAGAUGCCUGGCUCGCUUCCCGUGGACAAGAUGAAUGCCCAAGAAAGCCCAGAGGUCGGGCAAGCCUACGGCAGUCUCUCGACAUUUCACCAAGUCGGCCCACCCACCGGCACCAGCCCCAUCUCAGCCCUCCGCGCCGCGCGAGAUAUGCCCUCGUCGUCACCAACAGAGUCGCCUCCGCAAAAACUGCCACCAAAUCACCGCGUUGCCCAAGGCUCAAAAUCCUCUCUACGCUCUACCGCCACAGACACGCCUCUGCACCAGCGACGAACCUCGGUUUCAUUCCAGCCAUUCAAAGCAGGUUCGCUCUCGUCUUCGCCUGCACUCGGAAGCGCACUCCCUGCCUCUCCAACCAGCUCGUUGGGAAGGCCAGGUAGCGCACUGAGUCGAAAUGUUACCCCUAGCCCGCUUCAUCAACCACGCAACCGCACCUCCCUCAACGCUCUACCACAAGCGGCCCUCCGAGCACCCUCAUUACCCAAUGACACUGUCGUUACUUCGUCUGCGUCCAGCUCACCCAAACCCGCACCGAUAAGCCGCUAUAGCAGCAGUUUUGGUCACCGGAGGAGCAAGUUCUCCACCGGAGGGGGCAGCAAAAUGGAAGACGACAAUCUCAGCAGCGGAAAGGCCAGUCUAUCAUCUUCGGUACAACGCGGCUCCGAUACGCUGAAUGAGGGCGCUGGCGGCAGCUCGGGAGAGGUCAAGACGGACGACGAGAACAUCUCCGACUUUCUCAAACUUCUCGAGUCGAAAAAGGACUUGAAGAGCUUCACGCGCAGCGACAAUGCCGCCAAGACAGCCACGAUGCACAAGACGACGGCCCAAUUAUCAAAGUACCAGCGGAUGAGAGAGUCGCACACAGGGCUUGCAGAGUCGGUGUCUUCGUCAACUAUGCUCCACCGCUCAUCAUCGUCUUCAAGCCGCCAUCUAUCCAGCGUGCCUGCAAUGAUUGCCGGUACCUCUGUAUCAACAGCGUCCUCGCCUGGCAAGCCCAUCUCUCCACACACCCCACACACGCCAGCCAUCCCAUCUCGCCUCAGUGCAAACAGCAUUAUUGAAUACGAUCAGCCCACGCGGAGUCGGAGUCGUCCUGGUCGAAGGACACGUGACCACGAUCCAAUCAAUGUCGAGGAGCAGAGCGAGAGCGAAGACCAAAACGGCAACGGUAUUGCCAUUCCCACCUCGCCACGCCCCUGGCAUUAUACGCGCAGGUCUAGCUCUGUAGCUCAACAAGGCCGCACCUUGCCUGAUGAUGAACCUGACGUGUUUGGUGUGCGCUCGGCCAGUCUUCCAUCGGAAGAAGUCGACCGGGCCAACGACCUCCAUCGCCUCACCAGCGCUGGUCUCACAUCUAGCGGGUUGUUUGCCCAAACAGAGAUGUUGGCCAACAAUCGCAACAACCAAAAUGCGGAGCCGGAUUUUCGCGAGGACUUGCCUCGGCCAGCGUCUACAUCCAAUAUUGCUGCAAAGCGUGAUGACGCGGCAGGGCCACGAGAGCGAGGUUUCUUUUCACACAGCUCUUCCACCAGUCUGAGCACGGGUGGAACCAGCUCAACCGAGCGUCAGACUCGCUACAACUUUAAUAGUCGCGCCGCGACACACCUGGACGACGAUGAGCCCUUGCUCUUCCAGAUGAGCGAGAUUGGCGCCGGUGGAUCCCGACGCAGUCUCGAGGAAGCAAGAGGCAGAGUCAGCAGCACCACAGCAGGCAGCGCAGGCAAGCGUGCCUCUUAUUUUCGCUAAAAAAAUCUAACAAAACAAAAACAAAGCAAAACCACAUCCAACAAUGACAACAAAGAAGCCAAAAUGCUCGACGCAGAUGCGCC